UUGGCGCGAAUAGUUGACAGUUUCUCUGAUAAACCGCUUUUUCGUGCAUUUUCCUCAAUUUUUAUGUUUUUGUAGAGUCCAUGAAGAAAUUAUUAUAUUAGUCGGUGGUGUACAAUUUUAAGAAUUUGCCACAAACAUGGAUCUUCAGAUAAAAAGAAAAUCUACGAAGGCACCAAUAUCAGGUAGUCUAGUCGAGACCUAUCCUCAUGAUCUGCAGAUGUAUAAAGUUCCUCCAACGGAUAAUAUAUCCCUUGAAGAAUUUGAAAGUUUAGCCUUAGAGAGGUUGAAAUUAUUAAGGUGUUUGACUGCAGCAACAACUUUGAAAGGAUAUAGGUUAUACUCGGAAGAAUGGAAAGAAUAUGUGAUAUCAGACAUGCGAAACCAAGGCUUGAAAUAUUACGCCAAACUUUGCAAGGAUACUACAUGCAGUACUCAAGAAGCUGAGUUACAGGCACGACGUAAAGAUCACAUUGCUCAUUUCAUACUUCGUCUAGCAUAUUGCAGGACCGAGGAACUCCGGCGCUGGUUCGUCGCAAGAGAAUUGGAACUUUUUAAAUUGAGAUUUAUAAACAUGGGUAGUGAAACAGUUGAUGUUUUUUUCAAAUUGAAUAACUUGUGCUACACCAAUAUAUCGGAGGAAGAGAAAAAUGAUCUCAUCUAUUUGUUAAGAGAGUCUACACCACACUCAAAUAUAGACAACAUGAAAUUUUACAAAGUAAAGUUCUAUGAGGUUCUAGACUUGGUCAAGGCAAGGAAAGUUUACCUGAAAGGUGGUUAUGCAUAUAUUUCACACAAAGACUUUAUAUCUGUGCUCUCUGCUCAGUUCAGAUCUCAUCUGAAGCAAAGUUUAGCCGUUGCUUCCCACCAUCUAGGUGAGAUUGAACAAGAUGAACGACUAGUGCCUUUGUUGCGUGGUCUUCAUCAAUCAUAUGCUGGUAAUGACUAUGCUGAUACAAAAUCAGUAGUACCAAUUGAAAGUUUAGAUUCACUAUCUGCAAAAUCAUUCCCUCUUUGUAUGAGACAACUCCAUGAGCAACUAAGAUUAGCUCACCACCUAAAGCAUGGAGGAAGACUUCAGUACGGUCUCUUCUUGAAAGGCAUUGGAGUAACUCUAGAGGAUUCCUUGAGAUUCUGGAGAGAAGAAUUUACUAAAAUUAUGGAUUUGGACAAAUUUGAGAAGCAAUAUGCUUAUAAUGUGAGAUACAACUAUGGUAAGGAAGGGAGUAAGAGAAACUAUUCCCCAUUUAGCUGUAUGAAGAUCAUUAGCACAUCAGUGGGGCCAGGAGACUGUCAUGGAUGUCCUUUCAAGCAUUGUGAUGCUAGUAAUUUGAAAAAUAAGCUACAAGGCUAUGGAUUUGAGUCACAAGCUGUUAAUGAGGUUGUGGAUAUGGCAAAGAAAGGACACUUCCAAAUUGCUUGCAGCAAAUACUUUGAUACAGUCCACAAUGCCGACCUUAGUUUGGGCAUCAAUCAUCCCAACCAGUUUUUCGAGGAAAGUCAAAAACUUUUGACAGGAGACAGUAAAGUGGAACCGAAGAAAGAAAAAACUACAAGCAUUAAACGAGAACCACUUAAUAACAUUGAAGAUAUGGAUCUCGAUGACAUUCAAGAAUGGAAUGAAUGAUUUGUUUUAUAAGCUUGUAUAAGAUUAAGGGAAAUAAAAUAUUAAUCAUAAACUAAAAUA